GUACAAGGGGAGAGCCUGGGGUGAAUUGUUUUGAAUCCAUCGUAUCUGGCCGACCGUUACAAAUGGGUUGACUCUUGGUGGCGUAUGGUGGCUGUUGGAGGGGAUGUCGUGUGGUUUAGAAUGAGGAUGAGAAUGCGGAAUAUUUCCUCUUCCUCUCUCUCUCUCUCUCUCUCUCUCUCUCUCUCUCUCUCUCCUUUUCUUCUCCUUUUCUAUUUUAUUUUAGUUUUUUCUUUCCCUCAGUGUCAUAUAUGAUGAUAACUGUAGGAGUUAUGAUUUUCUAAUUUUAAGGAGGGGGGAAGUUGGUUACUGGGUGACCAGAUUUGAUGACGG